UCGUGUUUGACUAGAUGGAGGUAGAACUUGGAGCAAUACGAGCGUCAUGGCUAUUGAUGCUGUUAAUUUCGCCAGUAUUUUCACUGGAAGGCAUGAAUGCACCCCUGCACAUCACACGUCAGAACAGCGGAGAUAUAUUUUCUCAAGGAAGCCAAACGGUUGCCGGUGAUGCGUGCAGCGACGAGAUGUGCGUGGGUCUGAGCAGCGGCACGGCUGCGGCGCUCUCCACGCAGGAGAGGUGCACGUGUCGCUGUCAUCCACACCUGCCGGCCUUCAGGGAAGAUCUCAGGAUAUGCGUAGACGACAUACACGAAUGCGUCCUGGCUCCGUUCGUCGGUGGUUCGACGUCCCAGCAGAUCCCUUUCGUGUUCCUGCCGCUGAAAGGGCAGAUCAUUCAUCCGAGCAAAGAAAUAAGCUUCGCCGGAAUUCGUACUCCAGUUUGUGCCGUUUCCGGUGCCAAAUUCCUGACUGAAACAGGUUGGGUGGACCUGCGUAACCCGUUAGACACGGACGUGCCAUUUCGACUCUAUCGCGAUGAGGGUCGCACCUUUUUACAGUGGAUCGGUGAACCCGACUUACGAAACAAAAUGUCUGGACGUUUGGUUCUGGUUUAUUUAAUGUGCAGAGAUUUAGGCAACAACGAUGAACUGACUUCGCCCGUUCAAACACUGUUUUCGCCUUGCGUAUCCUUCAGAGUGGUCGGUACGCCGACAAAACAUCUCAACAAUGUUAGUGAAGUGGCUUUCUUUCCCGAUGCUCAUGCCGCAUCUAACUCAGAAAGCUCCCAUCUAAGUUUGUCUGAAUACGUUGCCAUAGGAAUUUGUUCGAUUCUUCUUGGUUUAAUCUACGUUGCUUCGGUUUUUUUAUACUUACAUCUUAAAAAACGUCACGCGUCAAAAAACGACGUCAUCGACCCUGACAGUCAAAGUCUGGCGGCUGCUGAAGAAGGGGUCGUGAAAAAUAAUCCUUUGCUGUCUAUGGUGGCUCAUUUCGCACCACCGGAUAACAUCUACAGUGAUUCAACAAGCUCUGAUACGGACGCCACGCCAGACAUACUUCAAAAUCACGACGAAAAAAUGAAAAACAUGCAAAUAACAUCUGCUCUUGUUCAUCCUCAGCAUCAUCAAAGAUCAUACGAUCACUACGGAAACGGCAUAGAACUGGGUCAUCAGGAGUCGCCUUCAAUUGAAAGAUUGCCCGAAGAAAACGUUUCAAUCGUGGAAACGUUGGAAAAUCGAGAAGAUAGGCCUGAAACACUUCGUGCUAUUACUGGCACUGCCAGAAAAAAGCUUUAUUUUAACCCCGCCUACUUCGAACCACAACUACUUCUGGCACCACCACCAGCCGCGAUUGAGUUUCUGUACAAAAUCCGCGAGGUCAUAACCAUAGCAAAACAGAAAAUGGAAAGUAAGAGAUUCACUCCGAGUUUGAUAGUCAUUCCAGAAGAAGACAACAAUCCAAGCUACGAUUCCUCGUAUGAAUUUACUAAACCAGUCAGUCGCAGAAGCAGUGUCAUAAGCCUGAAACGAGAAAACAGCAGAAGAAAAACUUGUACAGGUUGUCCAGGUUGUGAACCUCAGGAUUUUAAAACGUUGUGUGGUAAGCUACCAGAAUUUCCAUCUCUUGCAGCCUGCCACAACUGCACAACUACCAGCGAUAGCAAACAACAAAGUAUCAGAAGAUGGUUGGAGAAUGUGCCCAUCCUUAAAUCAAAUUCUGACGACAUAUCCCAGGAGGAAACACAUCAGGGCAAACUACCGAAAAGAUUAAGAUCUCCAACUAGAUCGUUGCCACCGACUGGAGUACAAAGUCCAGAAAGGGUUAUGUCACCAAGACCUGCUUCAGAACGGGGAAUUUCUCCGGACAGAGAACAUAGAGCUGUUAUCAAAGCAGUCAAACCUAAAGAAAAGAAGAUUGUGAUCAAACCUAAACUUUCACCACCUCCACUACCGGAAGCUGUCAAGGAAAUCAACAAUAACGUAAUUCAAGAAGAAAAUGAUUACGACGUAAUUCCUCCACAAGAAACAAGGGAUGUUAAGAUGAAUUUUCCACCGCCAGAUAUGAUUUGUGAAGCUAUGGUAGUAGAUAACAAAGUCGAGCUGAACCGCAUUCCAACCUUGACAAAAAAGCAAAUGAACGCUGUUAUCAAUGAAUUAACAGUGCACAGAAACAACUUAAUGAACGACGAGACAACAAAACCUGAUGGAUGCAGUAACUUAAUUGAAUACGAGACUGACAGUUUGGAAAGAUCUGUCAAUAAGGGGUACCACACCCCUUCUGAGUAUGCAGAAAUAUCUUCAUCUCAUCCCAGUCCUAGUUUGAGCACGGCGUUGCCUAUGGACGAAGAGAUGACUAUGAGAAAUGCCAUAAUUAACAAGAAAACGGGAAAUAUGACCAUAUCUAAAAUUAAUAUGGAGUCAUUACAAGAAGAUGACCACGAUUAUGAAUUAAUUGUAAUGAAGAAAGGUGCUUUAUUAGAUUCAGGAUUGUAUCGUCUGCCAGAAUUGUUGCAAAGAAAUAACGGCUACAGUUUGGUUAGUGAAGUUUACGUAAAUAAUGGUUAUAAUUAUGGUAGCACCCCUUCAACGCCUACAGGUUCCAAUUGCUCUACUUUAGAAAAAAGAACUUUGAAGGUGAGGUACGAUGGAGGUACUGAUAAGCCUGGUAAGUUGUUGAUUGAAGUUGAAGAUUGUCCAGACAAUUAUAUACCAGUAUACGAGUCCGACAGUUUUGAAGCUGACACUUUGGAUCGUAAGCCUAGCAAACUAAAAUUACAAAGAUUUGAUUCUGUGAACAAAGAAAAUGAGUAUAUAGAUUCUUUGGAGAGACCUCAUAAUCAAAUUCUAUUGAGAACAACCGGAAGCUUUAGGAAAGAUACUGUAACAUCAGUUACUGAUGACGAUGUGUCGGGGAAUUUUAAUAGAGUAUUUGGAAGUCUUAGAGAGAUUUUCGAAGCAAAAACUAAGGGAUUAAUGAUCAGACAAGAUAGCAACGAUGCAUUAAACAAAUUGAACGACGAAGAGGGGAGGCUACUAACUUUGGAAGAACGACACUCAAGGCGUCAACGAAAAACCAACGGCAACGGAGGUAAUGUUCAACCUGACGUAAUACCGCCUCCACCACAUGACAAUACUCCGAUAUAUGAACACCCAAAACCUCCAAGAAAAGUUAUUUUAGGUGAAAAUCAGAUGCCUAUCUUGCCUCCAAAAAACGGGAAACCCAGGAGUGCCGAUCAGAAGAAAACUCCAGCUCCUAGCAAUGAAACAGUGGUUGACACUCCUGAAAAACAUGUUGACGAUGAUUACGAAAUAUGUCUGGUACAAAAAAAUAAAAAAGAUGGAAAUAUACUGACAAGUUUCAUCCAAGCUGAAGAUAUAAUCCUGAAAAAGGGAAAUAAUGAUCAAUUUAUCCUGCACAACACAAAUAACUCCAUGAACUUCCGACUGCCGGUAAAAACAUUGCAAUCAUUUAUGUCUGUGGAUGAUCUCAAGAACAACAAGAACAAGAAAACCUGGAGGACCGCCUUGAAACCGGAAGAUUCGGGAUAUUUGAGUACGGAUUCUAACGAUUCUAUCAACAAAAGAAAGACGCAGCAAUCGGUGGAUAAUACGGGAGGAGGUAGUGAGACUGACGAAAGUCUUGGUGACGGACACAGUGAAUCUGGGGCGGAAAGUGUGGAAACACAUUCAGUUUUCUUUGGUAGAUUUCACAGGCAGCCCAUGAGUUUGCCCGGGUAUGGAUCGGUGGAUAGUGGAGUUAUGGGUGUUGACGAUGGACAUGACAGUACGGAUUCGGAAAAUAUUAGUUAUACGACUGUUGUUCCUGUGACCAAUGGCGGGUCGCUUAAGAAGUAAAUGUGCAAUAUUUUUUAAUUAUUAUUAAGUUGGGAUUUAAAUGGUCCCGGAUUAUUUUAUAUAUUAUUAAAUAUUUUGGUUUAUGUAUAUAUUAAGAUAUUUUCUUACUAUUGUGAUAUACUAUAAGUUGGCCGGAUGUGCAAUAUCCUUAGAAUUAAGAGAUGCAAUAUUAGAUGUAAGGUAUGUUAAGGUACAAUGGUUGAAUUUCAAUAAAAAUAACUGUUCAAAUUUUCUAAUAACAUGAGAACACUUCAGAUUAUUUAUACUGUUCAAAAUAAUUAAUUUGAAAAUUUGAACAAGUCAGCUAACAUACCAAAUAAAUAUUUUAAAUAAUGUGCAAUAUUUUAAACAAUUAUUCUUAGUUAGAUUAAUUAGACUAAUCAAAAAUAACGUGCAAUAUAUAAAAAAACUUAGUAGUGAUAUGAGUGCAAUUUUGAAAACAAUGUGCAAUAUUUUUAUAUUUCGAAAAUAACCUUAAAAAUUAGUGCAAUAUUUUUAUAAUUUAGAGUGGUAUUAAAUAUUUAAUUGUAAGCGCGAGAUAAUAAAGUUGAUCUCCAUUGACUUUCCAAUGUAUUAGACUAAUUAUUAAAUUAUAAGUAGCACUGUAUAAAUCAUCAUUUAAACUUUAGUUAAUGCAGAUUAAAUGUUUGUUCAAUGCAAUAUUUUAAAUGUACAUAUGUAAAUAUUUCACACAAACAUUCACCGAAUAAUUUGAAAAUUACGACCGUUAUAAAAAGUCGUACUGAAAUAUAAGAGGCGAAUAGAACGAUUUUUAUUUGAAUAGUAAAACAAGGUGUAUAUAUUAUAUACAAGGAUAAUUCUGUAUAUAAAUAAUAUUUAACGCACCGUAUAAUGUUAUGGGCACGCUUCUGGUACCUGUGCGUUGUAUAAAAUAAAAAAUACUUGGGACAAUGAGGGAUUAGAUUUUCUGGGAUUAAAAAAGGUGGGUGAAGGUCUCAAUUAUGUACUGUUACAUAACCAAACUACAGUUCAGUUUUGUUGAAUGGUUAAAUUGUUUAAAAUAUUAAAUUAAAAAUUAACCAAAGAAAUUUGUGCAAUUUUUUUACGAAUUUACCUAAACAAUUUUUAUCGAGAAUUAUGAAUAUUUUAAACAAUUUUAAAUGUUUGUUGUUUUUCAUUAUUGUUUUUUUUGCCUAUUUAAGUUAUAAAUUUAGUGUAUUUAUGAAGCUGAUUUAUUUUUGUUUACAUUUCUAGACUGUUUUUAUUAUUAUUUUUAUUUUUUAUUCUGUACUUGCGUUUAAUGUGUUGUUAAAUAAAGUAAUAUAUUCCGUUGAACAGUGUAGUUUAUUUAAACUUCCUUAUGUGCAAUUUUUAUAUAUUCCAUAUCAGAUAUUUCGUCCAAUUUCGCCAAAGUAAGACGAAAUUUUAAAAAUUCCUCACGACUCGAAUAAUCUGGGUCCAUUUUGAUAUUCGCCAAAUAAUCCUUAACCAAAUCAAUUUCAUUUUCCAAGGCAUUUACCAAUCGGGUCUUGGCAGUAUCUUCAUCAACACCAACUUUUAAAAUGUACCUUUUGUAAUACAUCGUUGGAAGGAGCAGUACCCCAGAAAUUGAUUUAUGGAGGUAGUGUAUGAGGUGAUUCUGGUUUAUUUAAUGUGCAGAUAUUUAGGCAACAACGAUGAACUGACUUCGUCCUUUCAAACAUUGUUUUCGCUUUGUGUAUCAUUCAGACAUCUCUACAGUAAGUCCACGUGUACGGACGACUAAA